AUGACCAGCUCACUGUCAGAUCUUACUUCAACCUUGACAUCUGCACUGUCGAGCCUGCCACCCCCAGAGAUGAUCUGCGAUGAGGAACGUAUUCAGGCUCUGGAGGUAAUAUAUCAGCUUCAGGCUGCAUUGCAGACACCCACCGUGGCUAUUCAGAAGUAUUGCUUUGAGCACUACGGCAUCGUUGGAAUCAGAGUCGCCCAGGGAAUGGGUAUCUUCGAUGCCUUUGCCGCCUCUAACGGGGCGGAGAUGACUCUGGCGGAGCUUUCGUCAAAGACCAAAGGAGACGAGAAGCUUCUGAAACGUAUUCUGCGCCUCCUUUGCUCCCAUACAAUCUGCAAGGCAUCCAGCAACGAUACGUAUCAACCUUUACCCAUGGUGAUGAUGUUAGCAAAUGGAUCGGUGGCCGGUGAUAUGAUCAAGCAUUUCCACACAAAUCUGCAAAUUUCCGCCAGUCUCUUCACCUACUUUGAAAAGAAUGGGUACAAGAACCCCGAAGAUGCCUAUGACGCGCCGUUCCAACUAGCUUACCACACAAAAGACCACUAUUUCGACUGGUUGAGCAAGAACCCUGACACCCAAAGCGUAUUUAACUCGGUGAUGACCGAAGCGCAACGCCACCGGGGCGUAGACUGGUUCGAUAUCUACCCAGUGUCAGAAAAGCUUGCCGUAUCUUCCGACCGGGUCACCCUGAUCGAUAUAGGGGGUGGCAUUGGCCAUGAUCUUAAAGCAUUCAAGAAGAAAUUCCCAGAAUUGCCGGGCCAGCUUAUUCUCCAGGAACUCCCGCAGGUUAUCGAAGACAUUAGAGAGCCGUUACCCGAGGGAAUCAGCGCUGUCAAGCACAAUAUGUUUGAGCCACAGCCGAUCGAAGGUGCCAAGGCAUACUAUAUGAGGACGGUCCUCCAUGACUGGCCUGACAAGCAGGCUCUUGAAGCCCUCAUCCACAUCCGUAAGGCAAUGGCUAGUGACUCCCUUCUACUGAUCAACGAGCAUGUUAUGCCUGAUGGACCCAAUGUCCCCCUUCUGUCUGCCACUUUGGAUCUCCACAUGAUGGAGCUCUUUUCCGCUCUGGAGCGGACAGAGCAGGAAUGGACGAGCUUACUGGAGAGAGCGGGGUUUCAGGUAGUGAAAGUCUGGAGGUCUCCGUCUGACUUCCGCAGCGCACUGUUUGAGGCUACCUUGGCGUGA